UUUUUGCGCGUUAGAUGAGAGAUUUAGCAGCAAUUUUCUAACAACUCUCAGUCACCCCGUUCUGCCUAGAGGACCACCCCCUCCCAGUUAGUUAUCGCGCUAGUUGGCACUAGAAAUCAUUCACCACGGAGCUAUUUAAUAAUCCUGUUGUUACAAAGUUUAUGGAGUGGGCAGGUUUGAAAAAAACCAUGUCCAUCUCCGCCUUCCGCCGAAAGAAGCUGCUCUACGUGUUCAACGUCUUUUUCGACGUGAACCAGAGCGGCACCAUCGAGCGAAAGGACUUCGACCUCGCCAUCGAGCGAAUUUGCCGCAUGCGAGGUUUCCACCCUGGAGACCCCAAGUUCCAGCAGACCCAGGACAUCUUGAUCAACGUGUGGGAUGGCCUCCGAGCUCGCGCCGACUCCAACAAGGACGGUCAGGUGAGCCACGAGGAGUGGUGCAUGAUGUGGGACGAGUACGCCCGCAACUCGGGACCGGCCCUUGAAUGGCAGCAGCGCUACAUGAACUUCAUGUUUGAUCUCGAGGACACUUCUGGUGACGGCUGCAUCGACGAGGAGGAGUUCACGACCGUGUGUUCGUCUUAUGGGGUGAGCCCUGCCGAGUGUUCAGAGGCAUUCAAUCGAUUCUCUCAGAACAAAACUGUGACCGUGGACCGAGCCAAAUUCGCCGAGCUGUGGAAGCAAUACUUCGCCUCCGAGGACCCCAACGCGGCCGGCAACUUCAUCUUCGGCAAGGUGCACUUCGAGUAAUUCCGCUCUUUCUUCUCCACCACACACCUCUCUUUAUCCUGCGUUUCGACGACAAAUAUAAUUACAAAUUUAUGAAUUGUAUUCGUGAUUGACACCUCUACCUUAACGGAAAAAAAUAGCAGUGCGCUGUAAUCAAACGCACAAGCAGUCUUCUCGAUUUAAUUAAAUACCCAACAAUGCAUUAUUCGGUAUUGGAUUUUAACCUCUCUACUAUCACGAUAGUCUUUCUCUCUUUAGCUGAUGCGACUUAAGCAAAUCGCGUGUUAAAUAAUACAUUAGUUAAUUAAUUGUCCGAUUAAAGCAAAUUCAGACGAAGAAAAUGCAUCCAUUUUUCGUGUUUGUGGAAAAUUGAUUUGUGAUCAAUUUUGACUCUGAAAAAUGAGAUUUUUCUAAAACGUUUGCCAUCAGAACAUCUCAACAACAAAAAAUUAAUGAAGAAAUGCAGUUAAAGAAACAUUAUCUAAUCAGUCAUUAUAAACUAAUAGCUGUUCUUGAAAAGUUGGCUUCAAUAAAUUCAAUAAAGAGGACACUCGUAAUGAAAAUAAAAAUUU